AUGGACUUUAAUGAAUCUUUUGGUCCCGAAAUUGUAAAACAAUUUUCAGCUUUUGGUCUUUGGAAUAACGGAAAUUCCUUAGUCUUCCAUCAUAGAGGCUCAACUUUCCACAGACUAUCCCUCGGAAGGAGUUUUAACAAUUCACACUUGUACUUGAGUUUGGAGGAGACCAUUUUUGCCCUUUUGAGGACUGAUUUUGUCCUUGUUGAUAAUGACACUAAGGAUUUUGUGACUCCGGAAUCACUUAUUCACUCUUUGGAAAAUGAUCAUAGGGUUGGUGACUUACUAAGGGUUCACGUUUAUCUCGCUUUCCAGAGGCUUGGCAAAUGCCCAAGGCCUUUAAUAGAGUUUUCUGACUUUACUAUAAAAUUUCCUAACAUUGAUCCUUUUUUAAAGUUACCUUCGUUCCCUAAAAAGAGGGACAAAGUGGAACUUCACUCCUUGUUAGAAGUGUUUAAAAAGAAUUUAACUUCACAAAAUUUUGAUUUUAAAACUAGUAUUCCUUUUCCUUCAUUCACUGUUGACGGCUUAGAAGUGUUCACUGUAAUGCCAGACUCAGCUGCCUGUGAUAUUCUUGACACUUUAACUGCCUUUAACUGCAUCAUCGCUAUUUCUAAUCUCGAGUCAGUAUACUUUCUAGAAAUUUCACCCCUUCAAAUCAAUAUUUAA